GCGUGUUGAGGAGAGUUAUUAAUAUGUCAGCCACUGCCAAGUUUAUGAUGAAUAAGGAGGUUGCUGAAUGCAUUCUCUUAUUCUUGAUAACCACAUGGCAGACAAGCACAUUCCCAAACAGAGAGAAGAAGAUGAUGAAGGAAUAAGCCACGAUAAGCAGGGCUUUCACCAUGGGGUUUUGGGAUUCUGCUCCAUAGCGUUUCUUGCCCACAAAGCUCUGCCAGUCAGCCAGGCUGUAGUUAUUCCAGGAGAAAAACCCAGUGAUGUUGGGGAUCUGGAAAGGUUCCUUCAAGCUGCUAUUGAAAGGCAAACCUUCAGACUUCUUGGAAAUGCCGAUCAAUCCCAGCAGAAGAAGACACGUGAGAUGGGACACCAUCACUACAAUGUGUUACUUUCCCCAGUCCAGGAGAGAUAAAGGCAUGAGAGGCUGGUGAUUUACUCCAGGUGAGAGAGGGAGCUGCCCUGAGCGCCACACUCACAGUCUGCUCGCAUGGUCAGAGGUGGAAUGUUG